CGUUCAAUUCACCGCAAAUUAGGGUUUGAGAUCUUGAGCUUGAUGAGUGUCCAAGUGAUCGUAGUUUGAGUUUCAUCAGCUCGAACUUGUAACGCAUAGUGAAUCGUUAAGUAAGUUAGGGUUGAAUUCGAUUGAUCUGGGUAUAACUCGGAUUGAAAUUUGCAAGAAGGUAUCGAUCAUGGGGUUGCUGACGAUCAUCAGGAAAGUGAAGCGGAAGGAGAAGGAGAUGCGGAUCUUCAUGGUAGGGUUGGACAAUGCAGGAAAAACAACCAUUGUGAAGCGGAUUAAUGGAGAAGAUACAAGUAAAAUUAGCCCUACUCUUGGAUUCAAUAUCAAAACCAUGCAGUACAAUAGUUUCCGCCUCAACAUUUGGGACAUUGGCGGGCAAAAGACUUUGCGAUCUUACUGGAGAAACUACUAUGAGCAAACAGAUGGCAUGGUAUGGGUAGUUGAUUGCUCAGACUCUCGACGACUGGAUGACUGUCGACAUGAGCUACACGGACUUCUGAAAGAGGAGAAACUUAUGGGAGCCUCGCUAUUGAUUCUAGCCAACAAACAAGACAUCAAAGGUGCAAUACAACCAGAGGAACUUGCCAAGAUCCUUCAACUGGAGGUUAUGGAUUCAAGCCGACACUGGAAAAUUGUGGCUUGUAGUGCGGUAACAGGAGAGGGCUUGCUGACUGGCUUCGAUUGGCUAGUGUCUGAUAUUGCCUCUCGCAUUUACAUGCUAGAUUAACUUGUCAACAUAGCACUAGCAUUUCAGCCUAACGUGGGACACAACAUCGAUGGCAUACGUGAAAUAUUUUCACAACCAUCAAUCAGGAUCACAACAUGCUGGCAAUGCCAAUCAGGAAACACCAUUCGCAUCCUUCAUAUCAUUUACAAACUCCUCUGCAGCAGCCUUGAAGAUUGUGCCACAUUAUCUAGAUAGAACCAAGUCCGGAAGAUUUCUAGUUACCGUAACGGUCCACAUUACUGAAGUAUUUGAGAAGUAUGGAAAUCAAGACCUAAUUCUUCCUUCAAAA